GACACUGACAACUCACAUCACACAGCCAUACCACCAAGAAACACACAAAGGAACAUUAACACGCUGCCUGUGGACAUCUGAUUGAAAAGUGUUAAACAAGAAAGGAUACUGAGGAGAAGAGUGGGGCGUAACUCACCAACUCACAACCCCUGGACACCUUGCUGAACGAUUGAGAAUUAACUGUGGGAAGACUGGACGUUCAUUUACUGAGAACUCAACCCUCUUCAACCUCCUUCUGAGAAAGAAAAGGAAAAAAAAUAAUCUGGGCUCAGGAUUCUCUAAGGAGCGAUUUUGUUGAUGUUUAAAGUGUUGUAAAGUUUCUGCAGUGAUCAUGGCAUCAACAGGUCUCCAGCUGCUGGGCUUGAUUUUAGGGGUGUUGGGUUGGGUGUUUGGGGCAUUGGUGUGUGCAGCUCCUCUGUGGCGUGUGUCUGCUUUCGUAGGUGGAGAGCUAGUGAUUGCCCAGGUGUUGUGGGAGGGACUGUGGAUGAACUGCCUGUCUCAGACCACAGGUCAGAUCCAGUGCAAGACCUAUGACUCCACCCUGGCCCUGCCCAAGACUGCCCAAGCUGCUCGUGGCCUCACUGUCCUCUCCCUGCUCCUCUGCCUUCUGGCCCUCAUACUCGGGGUGGCAGGGGCCAAGUGCACCCACUGCAUGGGUGACGGUAACCAGGCGUCCAAGGCUCGGAUGGCUAGGAUAGCAGGGGUGCUCUUCCUCGUGGCUGGCCUUGCCUACUUGAUACCCAUCUGUUGGACGGCCUAUGCAAUCAUCAAGGACUUCUAUGAUCCGAAUGUUGCAGCGCCUCUAAAGAGAGAGCUGGGACCAGCGCUAUACCUCGGCUGGGGGUCCAGUCUGCUGCUCCUAGUGGGGGGCUCUCUGCUGCAUGUCGGCUCUUCUCCACCAGGAGGAAGAGUGCUGCCUGUUUUCGGAGGUGCAGCGAAGGACAAUGCACUUACAGGGGCAACGGCAGAGGUGAAGCAGCAGGAAAAAUCUUUUGUAUGAGAUCACUGGAUUGGACAUAAGAUGUUUGAACAAGGUCAGAGGCGAUGACCUCGUUAGACAAGCUUCUGGAAACUGCAAGAUCACAGUCUAAAGAAGGAUAAUCACCCUAUGUUGUGGUUUGCGUUAGUUAUCUGGUAAAGCUGAGUUUGUUUCUUUAAGGUAUAAUGUGGGAUUUCAUUACACUUUUUUUAUUAAUUGCACAGAAACUGGGGUUCUAAUAGAAUUAUACGCUUUCUGUCAAAGUGGGAGUUGCAGUGGAUUGUGGGAGGAUUUUAGAUGUUUAGAUGUUUACUAAUGUGUGUGACUUAACAUUUCUCAAAUUCCACUCUGCCUCUGCUUGUGUUUGUGAGUGUGUGCGUGUGGGUGGUCUGUGUACAGAAGGCCAGUGUACAUAGCACUUCUGUGUAAGCUGGUGUUUUCACUGAAAAUGUGUGGGGACUCAGAGUGAUGCUUGUUUUUCUUUUUAUGCAACUUUUUUUUCUGUGUUUUUUUUUCCUGUGGUAUUCACUUUUUCUGCACUCUUUUGUUGAUAUGAAUUUGUACACCCCUACAGUCCAAGUUUUAGGCCUUUUUUGUUUUACUGCGACAUGAGAAAUGAUUAUUAAUGUAUUCAUGCAAUAUUUAUUCUUACAUAUUAUAAUUUCUAGUAGUAGAAAUUUUGUUAAUUUAUCAAAGAAGAAUUUGUUCCUCAUCUGAACAAAACCGUUUUAAUUUUUCACCUUGUGUUCUCUGACAGUAUUACAAUAGUUCGACACUCACCUUUCUAUCAAGUGACUGUGAUGUAUCAGUGAAUACAGAAGUUUUAAUUUAAUUUAUUUUAUUUUAUGGGAUUAGCUAUGUUAGGAUUAGCAUUAUAGGGUCUAGAGAUGUAACAAGUCUAAUGAUAAUAUAAUAUUUAAUCUCGAUCAAUCAAGAACUUUAUUUGUCCCCUUGGGGGGAAUUCAAGAUCUCUGCUGCCUAACAACUGGCUUAAUGACAUUUUACAGUAUGCAUUACUCAGUACUUGUAUCUCAGUGUUACAUUGCAUUUUCCACUUUCUCUUUUUUGUCACUGACAGCCUUCUGAUGUCUAAUUACUUAUAUACAAUAAAUAUAUGGAUUUGCU